AUGUCAUGGAGGGAGGAAUUUGCCGACUUUUUACAAUUUCUGGAUGAGUCUAGCGCCACAUAUCCCACUCGAUUGUUCAACAAUAAACCAGAAAAGGACUCAACACCCGUUAGGCGGAUAGCUUUUGCCUUUGAAAACAUAAUAGAUCAGCUAAAAAAGCCUCUGGUGCCCUCUACGCAAGCUCUUGCGCAAUCCCUAGUCUACAAAUUCAAUGGACCACAUCGUCGCCAAGGAUAUUGGGUGAAUUUCAAGAAUCUUUCGCGAUCGUUGCGGAAAUAUAACGAAGAUGAUUUGUUAAAAAGAAUUGCCGAUGUUCACAAAAAAGCUACAGCCUCUGGAGCUGGAUUUUAUCUACCCACUAAUGAUGUGAUACAAUAUUUUGGAAGUGCUUACCUGAAGCGACUUUUCAGACUGCAGCAGAUACGGGAUCUGUGCAUAAGAACCGCUCAUGUCAUCAUGGGUCAACUUGAGUUGGGUCAUUGGGAGAAGUUCAGCUUGUUUAUUGUUGCUAUGUGUGCUGACGUAAGUAACGGGAUUUGUAGGCAAGCUUCCGACAUGCAGUCAGCGUAUACCAAAAUCGCUAACUUUUUGACUUCUCUCGAUGAAAGGUAUGCUUAUCUGAUUGUUGAUUGUAUUUACGUUUCUCUUUGA